GUGGCCUAACUGGGGAUGGAGAGGAGGGGAUUUGUGGGGACGACGCUAAGAACCAGCUCGAGUGGGAAAGGCCAGCCCCUCCCGGGCCGCCGGCCCCUCCCGGGCCGCCGGCCCGGUGUUCCCCUCUCUCCUCUCCCUUCUCCCCCAGCUAAAGAGGGGGGCCGGGGGAGGAGCGAGCCCCGGGAGCUCCGGGCGUGUCCCCGCCGCCUCCGCCUCUGGUCCCAGCCCCGGGCUGGGCGGAGCCGACGGGAGUUGAGCCGCGGCCGCCCCGCUCCCGUCACUUCCUGCCCCGGGGCCGGGGCCGCUUCCCCUUUAAGGGUUAGGGGCUCGGCGGCGGCGGCGGCGCUGCUCGCUAUGGUGGUGCUGAAGAGCGUGGAGGGCAAGUCGGCCGAGGCGGCGGCUCCCGGAGCCGGGACCCCGGCGGCGGCCCCGGCGGCGGACGGGGGAGGAGGAGCAGGCGGAGGAGGAGCGGCGGCCCCCCCAGGAGCGCCGCCCGGAGGGGAGCCCUACCUACACUACCACUCCCACCUCCCAAGCUCGAGGGCCAAGCGUCUCACCCCCGCCAAGCGGAGGCAGUAUUUCAUCAACCAGGCGGUGAGAAACUCGGACCUCACGCCCAGGGCCAAGGGUCGAAAGAGGCUGCAGCAGAUGGAGAACAGUCACUAUUUGAUGACGCUUAUGGAGAGGGUUGAGUGCUCCCCUGAUGAUGGGGACCUGGCCCUUCCUGCUACUCCCAGCAUCUUCGCCAAAGCCUGCAGCAACGAGACCUACAUUGAGAUCUGGAGCGAUUUUAUGAAUCGGUCUGGGGAGGAGCAAGAGCGGGUGCUCUUGUACCUGGAGGAAGAAGCUACAAAAAAGCAGAAAAGGAAGGUCCCAGCUAAGAAUGAAGAUAAUCGGAAAGAAGAUCCAUCUUACACCGCCCAGGCCUGCUUCCAGAGGAUUAACCGUCGCCUGAGGAGCACCUUGAAGCGGGGCAGAAUCCCCAUGGACACACUAGAGGGUCUGGAAGGAAAGCUCCUGAGGUUUUUCUCUGUCACCCCUCGAUCUGUCUACACAGCCAUGAUGGACAGCAGCUUUGAGAGGCUCUUGCUUCAUGCCCUCUGCCAGUACAUGGACCUGGUCUCUGCCAGUUCCGACUUUGAGGGUAGACGGCAGAUGAAGGUGAGCAACAAACACACCGACUUCUUGCCUCCGGAGCAGCUUCUGUCUGCCUACCUCGAACAGAGGAGCUGAUGGCACCCCUCGUUCUUCCUCACCCAGGGGCCAGGAUGCUCCUUCUCUUAUCUCCCUCCCUUGGGGGUGGGGGAUGGGAAGAGGACUUGUUGACCCUUGGGCAGCAUGGUCCCAGAUUUGUUGAUUAUCAUUGUUAUCAUGGUUUUUUUAAUCUUCCCUUAACUGCCUGGCCCACUUUGCUUAGAUCUGGGGUUUGCUUCUGGUGUUUUAAUUUUCUUUUUACAAGGUACUUCAGAAGUCCUGAUUUUUUUUUUUUUUGUGUGUGUGUGUGUGUGUGGUUUUCACCCCUGACCUGAAAGUCUCUCAUUCCUCUUCCCUUUAAUCCUUCAGCCUUUUUUCUUUGGAAAGAGGAUCCCUGAAAGAUUUUCCUGGGGUGUUUCCCCCCAGAUCCUUUCAGAGGAAGCUCUGGACACUCCCUCCAGUCUAAGCCUCAUGGAUGUUUACAACCCUAGUUUGCUGUGACCCAGGGGUCUGGGCUGGGGCUGGGGGCUGUUCAUUGAGCAGGAGAGAGUUCAGGGAGUGAGCCACCCUUCCCAGAUCAGUACCAUCUGUCCCAGAGGGAAGCAGGCUGGCAGGCAGUAUUUUAUCAUUAUUAUCAUAUUUUUUUAAGAUUUUUUUUUUUCUUUUGAGGAAGGGUUGGGGAGGGUGUAGGAGUGGGUCUAUUUUGGUCUAAAAAGAAACCAAAUUUGAGUUAGAUUCUCUUUAGGAUCUAGCUCUUCUCAAAUGAUCAAUUUGUGUAGUUAGAGAUGUCCGCCCUGCCCCUUCCCAACCUCUCCAUAUCCCUAGCCAGUGAGCCAUUCCCCAGGCCGGUCUGAGUGUCCAAUCCAGACCCAAGGGAAGAUGGCCGUCCUGUGAAUUAAUGUGGCCAGCAGGCUGGGGGUGCUUUCCAUUAUUCCCCAUAUUAGGACUAUAGUUUCUCUAUAGUAUGUGUGUGUGUGUGUGGUGUAUGUAUGUGUGUGUGUGUGUGUGUGUGUGUGUAUGUUUGCCCCCAUCCCCAUCCCUGCAAAAGGGCAGCUCCAUUCUUCAUCUCCUAGAGAAUAAAUAAAAAAAAAAAAACCACAUAUAGUAACCCUGAGCCCCUACUUUUUUGGGGGGGGUGUUUGGUUUUUAAAUUGUAUGUGUCUUCCUGUGGUGCCUUUUUUGCAGACUUGUUAUCACUUGCAUGGAGGGUGAAGCUGCAGGGCCCUGGGCCUCUCCUCUUGCUCUAGGGCCUGGCUCACAGUAGCUCUCCUGGGAAGCUGUUUUUCAGCCAGGGCCCCAGGACCCAGAGUUUGGUGAUCCGGGGGGGGGGGGGGGGGCCUCCCUGGUUGGCACGGCCUCUUUUGCCCACACUCUUACAUUUGGGCCUCCUCUCCCCUCCCCUCUGAUCCCAGCCGUGGAUCAGCCACAGGGGACUUGGCUGGAGGGUUGAUGCCCUGGGCCUGCCUCUGUUCUGGGUCUCACUGCCCAGACAGGCCUUGAGGACCAUGAGUGGAGAAGGCAAGGGGGGCUGCUGCCUAGGCCUUGGCUAUUGCUUGGCUUUGGGGAAGGCGGGUGUAAUAAAUUCCUGGUGCUCUGUACUUA